AUGAACGAGUUACUUCCCGAAAGACAUGACUACUACUACAUGAUGUUGAGGUUCUUGAAAGCAAGGAAAUUUGACGUUGAAAAAGCAAAGCACAUGUGGGCUGAUAUGCUUCAAUGGAGGAAGGAAUUUGGCACUGAUACUAUCAUGGAGGAGUUUGAGUUUCAAGAGUUAAAUGAAGUUUUGAAGUAUUAUAAUGCAAGUGACAGAUCUUGA